AGCGGCUGGGAUGGCGAGCAGCGGAGGCGAGGCGGUGACGAGAGCAGCGGGUCCGCCAUUGGACGAGGAGGCCUGAGGGACGGGCCAGCGGUGCACAAGGAGAGACCGAGGCGGGUGGCCCCGAGAGAGCCAAGGCCAUGGAGGCCAACAUGUCGAAGCGGAAGGAGCCCGGCAGGUCUCUCCGCAUCAAAGUCAUCUCCAUGGGCAACGCCGAAGUGGGGAAAAGCUGUAUUAUAAAGCGAUACUGUGAGAAAAGAUUCGUGUCUAAAUACCUGGCAACAAUUGGAAUUGACUAUGGAGUUACAAAGGUACACGUCAGAGACAGAGAAAUCAAAGUUAACAUCUUUGAUAUGGCUGGACAUCCCUUCUUCUAUGAGGUUCGAAAUGAGUUUUAUAAGGACACACAGGGUGUGAUACUGGUCUAUGAUGUUGGGCAGAAAGACUCCUUUGACGCCCUUGAUGCGUGGCUGGCAGAAAUGAAGCAAGAGCUUGGACCUCAUGGAAACAUGGAAAAUAUUAUAUUUGUAGUUUGUGCCAACAAGAUUGAUUGUACCAAACACCGCUGUGUAGAUGAAAGUGAAGGACGUCUUUGGGCUGAAAGCAAAGGGUUCCUGUACUUUGAAACUUCAGCACAAACUGGAGAAGGCAUUAAUGAGAUGUUCCAGCCCAGCCUUUGGCCACAGACUCAUGAGAGACCCCCAUAUGGACUUGGUGCCCAGCUCUGCACAGCUCUCUUCUCUCCAAUGGCCUGCUUUGCAGAUUCUAGCCACCUCCUCAGCUCAAUGAGACUUGUGUCUGCUCAGACUCCAGCUCUCUGUGACGUGGUCAGGAAAUGGACUCCAAGUAGACAACCAGGUGAUUGUGGGGCUUAUCUCUCAGGGAAUGGUCUUGUACUUGCUGUUGUCUACUACCAACAGUUUUUUUUCCAGUUCAAUAGUAGUUGAUGGCAGGAGGUCUAGUCCAGUAUUCAUUACUCUGUCAUAGCUGGAACUCAGACGUGAAAUUUCAACAGGCUUUGGUCUCAAUCCUAGUAUUCUGUAGCCCACACCAUGGCUUGUCUUCUAUAACCAUGUGUGUGAUGAAUGAAUCCUUGUGCCUUCAGAAAUCUAUGAAUACUCAUAUUUCAGGCUAACUCAUAGGCUAGAAGACCAAUCUUACUGACACACAGCUAGCAAAUAUCCGUGAACUGUGAUCCCUUUUAUGUGACUUGUAUCUUUUUAGCUACAUCUUGGAUAGAACUAAUGGAUAAAUUAGUCUGUUAAAAAAAAAAAAAAAAGACAAGAAGAGAAUAAUUACAGUAUUCUAUAAGUAAGUACUUAAAAGCAGUGCUUUCCUGUUGGUUCAAUUUAAUAAAUAUUUUCUUUAUUUCCUAUCUACUUAAUAGACAUUUUAUGUCAGGAAGUAACUUGGUUUUAUCUGGUUGAUACUGUUAACAGAGAGAGCAAUAUUAAGAUAGACUAAAGCCAAGCUAAUACGUCUUGUGUCUUGGUCUCUAGUGGUAUUCCUUUGACACCCCUUUUCAGACGUCAAGGCUUCUUGUUAGGUUACCAGGUUGAUUGGCUAAUACUAGAGGUAAGAAAGAAGAGUCUGAAAGAAAGCUAAAAAUUUUAGAAGAUAACAAGAACUAUAGAAGAAUCCAAAAAAGAAGAGGAAAAGAUUUUUAAAGAAAUUAGUAGAGGAGAUAUGUCCAUUUAAAAGUAGCUGUAGUGUGGUAAAUGAGUAUUGUUCAGUAAUAAUUACAGUGUGCACAGAACAUGAAACAGGAGCAGAGUCAAAAAAGCUUUCACUUUAAAAAAAAAUCAGAAAAGUGUAGCCAGGUGCAGUGGUGCAUACCUGUAAUCCCAGCUGCUCA